UUCCUCUUUCAAACGUCGACUUUUAUUCCUCCGCCGCUUCCGGCUACAAUAUGGGCCUCUCCUUCAGUAAAAGGCGCCGCCACGACGAUCAGCAAUUCCACCACCAUCAGCAGCAGCAGCUAAUCCAUCCCCCACCCCCACCCCCACCCCUACCCCCACCCUCAUCCUCUUCAAACCCCCCUCCCCCCUUCACCCACUCCCCACCAACUCCAACACCGUCACAACAACCAUCGCCGCCUCCCUCCUGCAAUCCAACAAGCUAUGCUUUCGCCGCCAACGCCCCCCACUCACCCGCUCCUUAUCCCGCGCUGCCGCCCCCUUACGGCCCCCCUCCCCCGCCUCUUCCGCCGCCCUACAACUACGGUUACAACUUUUCCGGCUACUACUCCAGACCUCCGGUUAACAUGAUGGGCCACUACAACUACCGUCCCUAUUACGCUCCCCAGAUCAGCGCCUGGGGCCCGUCCGCCUCCGCGCCCCUCCCGCAGCUGCAGCAGCCUGCUCCCUACGUCGAUCACCAGAGCGCUAAGAAGAUUAAAAACGAUGUGAAUGUUCACAAAGACACAAUUAGGCUUCAAUUGGAUGAUCUCUCUUCCGAUUGCCACUUGAUUACCUUCACUUUUGAUGCCUUGGUUGAUGGAAGAAUUACCAUCUUCUAUUUUGCUAAGGAGGGGGAGAACUGUAAAUUCUCUCCAGUUUAUCCAGAGAUUUUGCCAGUUCAAAUCCCAUUUCAGAAAGGACUAGGGCAGAAAUUCUGCCAGCCUUCAGGAACCGGUGUGGACUUAGGCUUCUUUGAUACUGAUGACCUGUCAAAGCCUGUGCCAGGAGAAGAUAUUUAUCCGCUUGUUAUAGUAGCAGAGUCAUAUCUAGCAUCGGCACCUGUGGAUGAGGGUUCAAAAGAGGAAGUUCUAAAUGCUUCUCCUAAUGCUCAGAUCACUCAGGCUGUCCUACAAAAGAAGGAAGAUGGGAGUUUUCAAGUUAAAGUAAUAAAGCAGAUUUUAGCAAUUGAUGGUGCACGGUAUGAGUUGCGUGAGAUUUUUGGAAUAAGCGAUUCAGACGAAGCUACCAUCAGCGAUGCUGACUCAGGAAAAGAAUGUAUAAUUUGUUUGACUGAGGACAAGAACACGGCUGUCUUACCCUGUAGGCACAUGUGUUUGUGCAGCGACUGUGCCAAAGAGUUGAGAAUCCAAUCAAAUAAAUGUCCUGUGUGCCGGCAGCCCAUUGAGGAGCUUCUGGAGAUCAAGAUCGAUGAAGGUAACGAUUCCACACAUAUUUAGUGUAGUACUUCUUCUUCUUCCAUGACUACAUGUGGAUUUUUCCUCAUGGACUUAUUGCACCUUUAGAAGGAGGGGCGUAGUAGCUUGCCAUGGGACAACCAUCAUCAACGACCAGCUUCUCUAUGAAUAGUAACUAUACACAAAUUUUACUUGUAAGAAUGUAAUCACUUCUCAUCAGGAUCUGUACAGUCCAUACCAAAUCUUUUCGUUCUAUUAUCCCUCUUUUUUAUUUUGUUUUUUGUUUACUGUUCACGGUGUUUUAUACAACUAAAGUUUGUAAUAUUUUAUUUUGCUAUAUUAAUUUUGAUUUGAUUUGAUUUGAUUU